GAAAGUGAAGAAAAACUUUCCAUGGGCUCAUUGACUACGGAUCAGUUGUCGCAAAAGCUUAAGCAGCACAUAGAACGGAUCAGUGAGCUACUCCAAGUUCAUGAUAUGCCAGACGUAAGUUCCAUAAAACGCUUUAUUGAUAUAAACCGUCAUUUUUACAUGUUUAAUUUUCUCUUCCUUUUUAAUGCGUUUUGUACAUGUUGUUUUCUUUCUUCGACUUAAAAACUACAACUCAUGAACCUUUGAACGCACCAAACAAGCUGCAACCAUGGCCACAGCUAUUAAUAAUAUAUUAACAUCAUCAUCACUCGAAAGGCCAAUGUACGCUAAUCGUUUCGAUUCUGCAGGCUCUGAAGUAUUGAAUUAUAUGUCUUUUGAGUCUAAAUUUAUGGCAUGAAAAUUAUUGCCGUGCCUUGAGUUUGUGUUACAUCAGUUCUAGGACCGACACGUGAUGCAACAAAACGCGCUUUUUUUCCUUUUAACUUUGUUUUAUAUGAACUAAAUUUUAUGCCUAGUUUUAAAUUCUCUAUAUUUCUCAUAAUCAUUUGAAGACCUACUUGCCUAUUUUUGCCCACUUAAAAGUUCUGAAUAUUGAAUAACUGUACAAAAAAUGGGGUUCAAAAUAUAAUUUUUCAUUUAAAUUGCACAGAAAUCGUUUUCUUUUCCGUCUGGGACCAAUAGGGACAACUUAUGCCAUUUACCAAUCCUUAUAAACUGAAGUGUAAGAUCAUCAAGGCCGCAAAUGUUUAAAUGUAUUGAUGUUUUUUUUGUUUUGUUUCUUUGUUUGUUUUUUUGUAACAGCCUGAAAUGCUAAACGUAAAGCAAGAGGAGGUCAUAGGUUGUGAUGCUGCUCAAAACGUUGUCGAGGUCAAAGGCAUGCCAAAAGUUAUGGAAUUAAAAGAUCUCGGAAAAAACUCAGGCCCGAGUUCUUCGAAUGUGGCGGAGGUGGGGUCGAGUGUUUAUAAAGGCAAUGACGAGUUUGCUACUUGCAGGAAUGCAGAAGAGCAA